GAGAUCAUGUUCAGCCUCGGUGCCGCCGCCACUCUCUCAUUCAACGCGCCGCAUACCACCAAACUCCACGCGGUCGACGUGUUCAAGGCCGCCGCCCCGGCCUUCACCGCCGCCGCCGUCCUCGCCGCCAACCCGAUGUCUGCGUUCGCCGGCGAUGUCGGCGCCGGCGAGCAGGUUUUCUCAGGCAACUGUGCGGCGUGCCACGCGGGCGGACAGAACGUCAUCAUGCCGGAGAAGACGCUGGAGAAGGAGGCGCUGGAGGAGUACCUGGACGGCGGCUUCAACGAGAAGUCCGUGAUGAAGCAGGUGACCAACGGCAAGAACGCGAUGCCCGCCUUCGGCGGCCGGCUCUCGGACGACGACAUCGCCAACGUCGCCGCCUACGUCAUCAAGACCUCCUCGGCCGGCUGGUAAAGCAGAGGAGGAGGAGGCCGUCUCCUCCCUCAUCCCUGCACCCUCCCCUUUGCAUGUCUAUGUCUCUGCGCGGUUACGUGUCGUGGCGGCGCGCCGGCGCAGGCGCACACCAUUUCACACGGCGGACUCGGGGUCGAGCGGUGCCCGGCGGGGACCCGAAAAGGGUUUGUGGCGGCACACACCACACGGCGACACGGAGAGCGCGUUCGUGGUUCGAGAGCGUGUCAUCGUGUGUGUGCUGUGUCCAUCGCGGCAUCGGUGAUCGGCUCACACAUUAGUGCUCACUCGCCGCGGUGUCUAUUCACCAUCGCGCGAUCCCGCCUCCUCCCCUUUGUUAAACAACAACACCUACGAAAAACUG